UUGGAACGUUGCGUCAUGACGUCUCUCUUGUGACCAACGGUCGCGUUUGCUAGCUAGCUUGACGGAAGUGGAAACCGGAGAAUAGCCUCUUAAAUUGUAAUUUUUUAAAAAACGUUUACUGGCUAAAUGUGACUAAAUGAAGCCAGCGACUCAGUACGACUGGCUUCGGUUGUUGAAAGUCACUAAUCUUCACCUCCACUGAGAGUCAUCUUCCUCAAACACAGCUGGAACAAUGUCUUCAAUUCCACAGGGACGUGGCUACAAUGAUACUCACAGGGACACUACAUCCUUGGCCUGGCUUUCAAUAUGCAAACAGACCGAAAAAGAUCACAAUAACCCAUCUUCUGGCUGCACAGACAGAAGCAGAAGUGUUUCUGGUGAAGGUGUAGACAACAGGAAACAUCCUCCAGGUUCAGGUGCUGCUAAAUCUCCAGAACCAGGCAGAUCGGAUCAACCCAAGUACACAACAGAAUCAGCUACCGAGAUCCUCAGCAGGUUUGGACUCGACAAGGACGACUUGGGAGAGCUCAAUGCUUACUCUGAGGAUCAGAUCACCCCUGAAAACCUGAAAUACAUCCUGAUGCAGAUUUCCAUUAAGAAGAAGGAAAGAGCUGCAGAGAAAUCCUCUGAAUCGCAGCCCACUAUUGGUCUAAAGAGUGACUUGCAUAAAACUCCCAUAAAGUCAAAUAAAGUUAUUGAUUGCGGUGAUUUUGGAAGUAGCGUUGCUAAAAAGGAGACUGAAAAAGAUAGCACAGAUAACAGUAGAGGUAAGUCACUGGUGGAAACUCACAAACCCAGUGAGGACCGGCUGCAAAGAUGUGUGUUAAAGGGCAAAAGCAGAGAGUCUGAGAUUAGUGAGCAAAAUAAAAUGGUUUCACCCAAACAUAAACCUGAUGAGACUAAACUCUACAAACCUCUUUCUCCAAAGCAACCAGAUUCCACAUCCAAACCUAGUAAAGCAGAACAGAAGAGUUCCAACAGGAAGGAAAGCAAAACUCGAAUAAAAGAAACAACGGUUGCUGGACAGAAUAAGAAAAGUCCAGAGAAGAAGAACCCGGAGGUUCAGACUGAGCUGAAGUGUGGACAGCAAGGACAGGAUAAGUCAGUGAUGCAGACUAAAUUUAAGGAGUCAUCUUUUAAAAAUGAUUCUUCAUGCGCCAUAGUUUCAUCCAAACAGAAACCUGACGAGCCUAAACCCUGCAAACCUCUUCCUCCAAAGCAACCAGAGUCCACAUCUAAAUCCUCCAAACCUGAUAAAGCAGAACAGAAGAGUUCCAACAGCAAGGAAAGCAAAACUCAGAUAAAAGAAACAACGGUUGCUGGGCAGUAUAAGAAACAUCCAGAGAAGAAGAUCCCUGAGGUUCAGACUGAGCUGAAACGUGGACAACAAGGACAGGAUAAGCCAGUGAUCCAGACUAAAUUUAAAGGGUCAUCUUCUAAAAAUGAGCCUUCACACGCUGUAAUUUCAGCCAAACAGAAACCUGGUGAGCCUAAACCCUGCAAACCUCUUCCUCCAAAGCAACCAGAGUCCACAUCUAAAUCCUCCAAUCCUGGUAAAGCAGAACAGAAGAGUUCCAACAACAAGGAAAGUAGAACUCGGAUAAAAGAAACAACGGUUGCUGGGCAGAAUAAGGCUGAGCUGAAGCGCGGACAGCAAGGACGGGAUAAGCCAGUGAUCCAGACUAAAUUUAAGGGGUCAUCUUGUAAAAAUGAGCCUUCACACGCCAUAAUUAGAGAUUGUAAAGGUAUCUCACCAGAAUCCUUCCCACAUUACUGUUCGAUAUGCAACAAGGAAAGUCGUAACGUACAUGCUUGGUGUUCCCACAUGAAGACCACUGAACAUCGUGAGAAGUGCAAAACCCUAUACCCAGACUUGUUUUGUGAACAACAAUUCCCCAGAAUAGACUCAACAUGGAGGCGGUGUCAGGAGACGGGAAAACACAAGAGUGAUUCUCGCCACAGAAACGCUUCCCGCUCCAGAAGUCAAGAACGCCGUCACAGAAGAGGCUCCAGUUCUCGAUCACCCUGCCGGAGAAACUCUUUCCGCUCCCACUCCAGAAGUCAUGGCCGCACACACAGAAGAGGCUCCAGUUCUCGAUCACCCUGCCGGAGAAACUCUUUCCGCUCCCACUCCAGAAGUCAUGGCCGCACACACAGAAGAGGCUCCAGUUCUCGAUCACCCUGCCGGAGAAACUCUUUCCACUCCCGCUCCAGAAGUCAUGGCCGCACACACAGAAGAGGCUCCAGUUCUCGAUCACCCUGCCGGAGAAACUCUUUCCGCUCCCACUCCAGAAGUCAUGGCCGGCGUCACAGAAGAGGCUCCAGUUCUCGCUCACCCUGCCGGAGAAACGUUUCCCGUUCCCGCUCCAGAAGUCAUGGCCGGCGUCACAGAAGAGGCUCCAGUUCUCGCUCACCCUGCCGGAGAAACGUUUCCCGUUCCCGCUCCAGAAGUCAUGGCCGGCGUCACAGAAGAGGCUCCAGUUCUCGCUCACGCUGCCGGAGAAACGCUUCCCGUUCUCGCUCCAGAAGUCAUGGCCGGCGUCACAGAAGAGGCUCCAGUUCUCGCUCUCACAGCCCGUAUCAUCAGCGCCGUAAAUCCAGGAGUAGAUCAACUUCCACCUCAGACAGUUCUAGCUGUGAGGACAGAAGAGACAGGUGCAGAAGCCCAUCCAGGUCUUCCUACAGUUAUAGAAAAACCCACAGGUCUCGAUCUCGUUCUCCACGGUACGAGAAGUCCACCUCCUGUCUGCCCUCGCCAGGAAUGCCUUCUGAGAGACAGCUUUCACCCAAAAUCAGCAGCAAGAAUCCGCCGUCACCAAGCAGAAGCGGCGAGAAACAAACGUCCGGAGAGACAUCGGUUCCUCAGGAUGAGAACAGUGCAGAGACACUGGUGAAGAAACUUCUUCAGUCAUCAGCUGUCCAGUCUUUGUCAAAGCAGAUAGAUGUAGAGAGCCUUGUGAAAACUCUGACUCCGGUUUUCCUGGACGAGUUCAACAAGUUAACCUCAACACCCGGAUCAUCAGAGGCGCCUCAGACUAAAAGCACAGCCAGUUCCCCGCCAAAUCACGAGCAGGAAGUCGGAGCAGAAACUCUGAGAUCUGCUGACUGCUCAGAUCGAAGCGGCCCAGUUUUAGAGCAGAGCGUAAACGCUGCAGCUUCAGGUAAUCUGGAGGAAAAGGAACAGGAAGUGACAUCAACUAGAAAAAGAGGCCGACCCAGGAAGAAACCCAGAAAGACUCCUGUGAGAAAAUCUGCUGGAGUAAAACAUGAGAGCUCCGAAGAAAACAGAGAAGAAGAAGAAACCAAAUCACUUCCUGGUGCGUCGCUGGAUUCUUCUUCUGCUCUGUUGGGGGACGUCAAGAAGGAAACGGACGCUGAAGCUGCUGAAGUUUUAGAUCAGAGUGUGAACGCUGCAGCAGCAGGUGAGCUGGAGGAAAUGGAGGAGAAGGAACGGGAAGUGACAUCAAUAAGAAAAGGAGGCCGACCCAGGAAGAAACCCAGAAAGACUCCUGUGAGAAAAUCUGCCAGAGGAAAACCUGAGAACCCUGAAGAAAACAGAGAAGAAGACAAAUCACUUCCUGGUGCGUCGCUGGAUCCUUCUUAUUCUGCUCUAUUGGGGGACGUCAAGACGGAGAUGGAUAAUGAAACUGCUGAAGUUUUAGAUCAGAGUGUGAACGCUGUAGCAGCAGGUGAGCUGGAGGAAACUGAGCAGACGGAACAGGAAGUGACAUCAAUAAUUAAAAGAGGCCGACCCAGGAAGAAAUCCAGAAAGACUCCUGUGAGAAAAUCUGCUGGAGGAAAACGUGGGAACCAUGAAGAAAACAGAGAAGAAGAAACCAAAUCACUUCCUGGUGCGUCGCUGGAUCCUUCUUCUUCUGCUCUAUUGGGGGACGUCAAGACGGAGACGCACAAUGAAACUGCUGAAGCAGCAAGUGAUCUGGAGGAAAUGGAGGAUACAGAACAGGAAGUGGCAUCGACUAAAAAAAGAGGACGAUCCGGGAAGAAACCCAGAAAGGCUCCUGUGAGAAAAUCUGCUGGAGGAAAACGUGAAAACCCUGAAGAAAACAGAGAAGAAGAAACCAAAUCACUUCCUGGCGCAUCGCUGGAUCCUUCUUCUUCUGCUCUAUUGGGGGACGUCAAGACGGAGACGCACAAUGAAACUGCUGAAGCAGCAGGUGAUCUGGAGGAAAUGGAGGAUACAGAACAGGAAGUGGCAUCCACUAAAAAAAGAGGACGAUCCGGGAAGAAACCCAGAAAGGCUCCUGUGAGAAAAUCUGCUGGAGAAAAACCUGAGAACCCUGAAGAAGAAACCAAAUCACUUCCUGAGAUGGAGGCUGAAUGUCCUGACAGACAGAACCUGGAUGGACGCUUGGAGGAAGAGGAGGAGGAUGAAGGACGCUGCAGGGCCGACGGAGAAGGUUUGGAAGAGGAGACAAUUCCUUUAGUUUUAGAUCAGAGUGUGAACGCUGCAGCAGCAGGUAAUCUGGAGGAAAUGGAGGACACGGAACAGGAAGUGACAUCAAGCAGAAAAAGAGGCCGACCCAGGAAGAAACCCAGAAAGACUCCUGUGAGAAAAUCUGCUGGAGGAAAACCUGAGAACCCUGAAGAAAACAGAGAAGAAGACAAAUCACUUCCUGGCGCAUCGCUGGAUCCUUCUUCUUCUGCUCUAUUGGGGGACGUCAAGACGGAGUCGGAUGAUGAAGCUGCUGAAGGUCCAGACAAACAGAACCUGGACAGACGCUUGGAGGAAGAGGAGGAGGAGGAUGAAGAAGUAGCCUGUAAAAAACGAAGGAAGUCUCCUUGUACCGCUGCUGAUUUUAUCCUGCCACCUUUCAACACAGACAUCUCCUUUGGCGAGGAGUUUACUGCUCGUAAACUGGGAUAUUACUGUUCCCUCUGCUCUGUUUUCUACAUGCUGAAGAGCAACGAAGAGGACACACACUGCUGCAGCAGAAAUCAUUACGACAACCUGCUGAAACAUUGGCAGAUGAAAGAAGAGGAAUCUUCACCGCCUCCAAAAAGGAAAACCAGAAGCUCUCGAUGAUCCUGUUUUUAUGUCUCCUUUUAAAAUUUACUAAAACUGUCAACUUCUAGUCUGCUUUGAUUGGGCAGCUCCAUUUUUAAACUGUGUAAAUGUUUUUUUAAUUGAUUCAUGAAGAGGAUUCCCUUCACAUUCAAUGUUUCUAAACAUUUUUUUAGCCUUGAUUUAAAGGAACUAAGUGUUUCAGCAGUUUCCUGGCAGAUCUGCGGCGCAUAGAAGCUGAAUGCUGCUUCUCCAUGUUUGGUUCUGGGGAUGCAGUUACAGGGAGCCAACGUAGAGACUUUAGAACUGGGGAGAUGUUUUCUAUCUUCCUGGUUUUAGUCAGAGCGUCAGCAGCAGCGUUCUGGAUCAAAUCCAAUUGAUUUUCUUUAGGUAGACGCAAAGCUAAACACGUUUAGUUUUGCAUUUCUAAUGUCCUCUAGCAGGGACAUUAGAAAUGUUCUUCAUGUGGUAGAAGGCAGACUUUGUAAUUAUCUUUAUGCGUCUCUGAAGGUUCAGGUUGCUCAUGCUGCCAUCUUUAAAAGGCUGUAAGUGACAGGGGGGAAAUCAACACAGCCUCCAGUUACAUUUGACCUUUUAUUAUCAGUUGCAUCCACCUGUGUAAAUCUCCACCCACAACAGGAAGUCAAUAAGAUUCAACACCCACCCUUGUUCUUAUGUUGACAUAAAAAUACAUUUACAUUUCGCAUUUUUUCCUCUUUUUUUCAUUUGCAUACCAAAAACAAAACACACAAAGUUGCCCAUUCUCAUUUUACUCACAGGCUUUGUUAAAAUAUCAGCUGCCAUUUCUGUUGUUGAACAGUAACAGUUAUUUUUCCAUCACUGAAUGCUGAUCGAACAAAGUGAUAUCAAAUCUCAAUGUGUUUGCACCUUUGGCGAUAGACUGGACUUUUAGAAAGAUAAAAUAUACCUUUAUUGGAUGUGAAUAUUUUUAAGGACAAAGUACAUUCCAUUCAUGCCUUGUUGAAAUGUGCUACACAAAUAAACUUGACGUGUAAUAACUGAA